GUGACUCACAAACGAGGUCGCCCUCCUCCUCUUCCUCCUCCUCCUCCUCCUGUAGUCUCCUCUUCACUUCUGUUCAUUUUAGUCCUUUUACUCGACUCUAAGGAAUAUGGUCCUCCUCCUCUGAGAAUACAUUGUGGACUUACUCUCAAACAUGUUGCGGGUAAUUGUUGAGUCUGCGUGCGGGAUCCCCAAAAAGAAACUGGGCAACCCUGAUCCAUUUGCUUCUGUUGUGUUUAGAGGUGAAAAGAAGAAGACCAAAGCUGUUGACAAUGAGCUAAAUCCCGUGUGGAAUGAAGGGCUGGAAUUUGAUUUAAAGGGCUUGGCCUUGGACACGUCUUCAUUCAUCGACGUGGUUGUAAAAGACUAUGAGACUAUCGGCCAUCACAAGUUCAUAGGAUCUGCGAAAAUCUCUCUGAGGGACUUGGCCGGUGGUCACGUGAGAUCGCUCCCGUCCAAGAAUGUGCCCCUGAGCAAUGAGAAGCAGCAACCAAUUGGGGCAACAAUGAAUUUCCUCAUUGGAUAUGAACCACCCGGGGACACGGCGGACGGCGACGUGUCUCAUGUGGACAACGAGGCCGACGAGGUGGCUGAUGAGGGGGAAGCUGACGCGGAGGCAGGGGACCACGUGGGAAGCCCGGCAGUUCCGGGCACGUCAGUCCAUCCCAGGAAAACGCUGCGCAUCGGCCGCAAGAACCACAGGGCCCUGGCUAACAAGCCCCAGGAUUUCCAGAUUCGUAUCCGGGUCAUCGAGGGCCGACAGCUGCCUGGCAACAACGUCAAGCCCGUGGUGAAGGCAAACGUGUGCGGCCAGACACAUAGGACGCGAAGAAGAAGUGGCAAUAACCCCUUCUUUGAUGAGAUAUUUUUUUACAACGUUAAUAUGCUCCCUUCAGAGCUGUUUGACGAGAGCAUCAGUAUGAGGGUUUAUGAUUCCUUCUCCCUCCGAGCAGACAGUCUAAUGGGCGAGUUCAAGCUGGAUGUUGGCUACAUCUAUGAUGAACCAGGUCAUGCCAUACUUAGGAAAUGGCUGCUGCUGAGUGACCCAGACGACCCCACCUCUGGCGCCAAAGGUUACCUGAAAGUCAGCAUUAUCGUUGUGGUGACUGGGGAAGAGCCGCCGAGCGAGAAGAGAGAAAUGAGCGAGGAUCAGGACGACAUCGAGAGUAAUCUUCUGGUGCCGGCAGGAGUCACAAUGCGACGGGCCACACUCAGCAUCAAAGUGUUCCGUGCAGAGGACAUGCCACAAAUGGAUGACGCAUUUGUUCAGACGAUAAAGCACGUCUUUGGCGGGGAUGGAGACAGGAAGAACUUGGUGGAUCCGUAUUUGGAGGUUAGCUUUGCUGGAAAAAAGCUGUGCACCAGAAUCAUUGAGAAAAAUGCAAAUCCUGAAUGGAAUCAGAUCAUCAACCUUCAAGUCAAGUUCCCGUCCAUGUGCGAACGUAUCAAGCUGACCAUGUUUGACUGGGACCGUGUCAGCAAGGACGACGCCAUCGGAACAACGUUCUUAAACCUCAGCAAGAUAUCCUCUGCUGGCGAGGAGAGGGAAGACACACAAGGUGAACUUUCCGACAGCCUGUCUGAACACACUCAAGGUGAACAUUGCAGCAGCCUGUCUGAAUCGAAUCCUGCAGCAAGCGAGUCUGGUUUCCUGCCAACUUUUGGUCCUUGUUAUGUCAACUUGUAUGGCAGCCCGAGAGAGUUUACUGGACUCCCUGACCCCUAUGACGACCUUAACCUUGGCAAGGGUGAAGGUGUCGCCUACAGGGGGAGGGUCCUUGUUGAGCUGUCCACUGUGCUGGAUGGAAAAGUGGAUAAGAAUGUCGACGAUAUUUCCAGUGAUGACAUCCUGGUGGCACAGAAAUACCAGCGAAGGAGGAAGUACUCCCUUUGCGCAGUGUUCCACAGUGCCUGCAUGCUCCAAGAGCCGGGCGAGCCCAUCCAGUUCGAGGUCAGCAUGGGAAACUACGGCAACAAGCUGGACUCCACCUGCAAGCCUCUGGCGUCCACCACCCAGUACAGCUAUGCCGUAUUUGACGGUAACCACUACUAUUACCUGCCCUGGGCAGACACAAAGCCAGUGGUAACGCUCACGUCCUCCUGGGAAGAUAUCAGCCACCGUUUGGACUCUGUCAACAUUCUUCUGUCUAUUGCGGGACAACUCGAACACAACUUGUCCUCUUUGAAAAUGGCCAUCCAGGCCAAGUUGUCUGACGACCGACAGGUUGAAGUUUUGCUCAAACUCCUCAGUCGCUUGCUUGAGGACCUCAACAGUUUCCAGUUACCGGAUGUGGAGGAGCGGCCCAAUGUGACCACGCUGGAUCUCCAAAUAAAAAUCAUGCGUGAUGCAACACUGGAGAACCUCCAAAAGAUGGCCAAUAGCAUGAGAGAGGAGGCCACAGAUGUCAAGGCUACUGUCGGUGACAUCGAAGACUGGCUGGACAGAAUCAAACAGCUGGCGGUUGAGCCUCAGAACAGCAUGCCCGACGUGAUCAUUUGGAUGCUGAGAGGAGAGAAGCGAGUUGCUUUCGCCCGUGUCCCGGCUCACCACAUUCUCUACUCCAACUACAGCGAACAGGCCUGUGGAAAACACUGCGGACGCAUGCAGACUAUCUUCAUGCAGUACCCGGUGGAUAAAAAUAAAGGCGUCAAGGUUCCCGUUCAGCUGCGGGUCAACAUGUGGCUUGGUCUCUCUGCGUCGGAGAAGAAGUUCAACAGCUUCUCUGAGGGAAACUUCAGCGUCUAUGCGGAAAUGUAUGAAAACCAGGCCCAGUUGUUUGGGAAGUGGGGAGCUAACGGUCUGGUGGGUCGCCACAAGUCCUCAGACGUGACCGGAAAAGUGAAACUCAAAAAAGAGCGCUUCCUGCCACCGCCUGGAUGGGAGUGGGAAGGCGACUGGUUCGUCAAUCCUGAGCGCAGCCUGUUGACAGAAGCCGACGCGGGCCACACGGAGUUCACGGAUGAGGUUUUUCACAACGAAACACGUUUCCCCGGUGGAGAGUGGAAACCUGCUGAAGAGCCCUACACCGAUGUGAAUGGAGAAAAGGCUCAGAGCACCUCGGAGUUGGAGUGUCCCAUUGGAUGGACUUGGGAGGACGACUGGAGUUUCGACAGCAACAGAGCUGUAGAUGAGAAAGGCUGGGAGUACGGAGUGACAAUUCCACCUCAUGACAAGCCCAAGUCCUGGGUGGCAGCGGAGAAGAUGUACCACGUUCAUCGCAGAAAGAGGCUCGUCAGACCCAGGAGAAAGAUUUCUGAUAAAACCAUCGCUGAAAGACGAGAGACAGGGGAAGGCUGGGAAUAUUCCUCCCUCAUCGGCUGGAAGUUUCACCGCAAGGAGCGCUCGUCCGACACGUUCCGACGCCGACGCUGGCGAAGGAAGAUGGUUCCGUCAGACCGCAUCGGGGCAGCUGCCAUUUUCAGGCUCGAAGGUGCACUGGGGGUUGAUGUGGAUGAGAAGGCCAGCAAAACGGAUGCUGCCAAACUAUUUGGAGCCAACACUCCCACCGUUUCCUGCCACUUUAGCCGGUCCGACAUUUAUCAGCUGAGAGUGUAUGUGUACCAGGCGAGGAAUCUCUGUGCCAUGGACAAGGACAGCUUCUCAGAUCCGUACGCCCAUGUGUCAUUCCUUCACCUGAGCAAGACCACGGAGGUCAUCAGUGCCACGUUGAACCCCACCUGGGAUCAGAGUCUCAUCUUUGACGACGUUGAAAUCUACGGGGACCCACAAACUAUCGCUCGCAACCCGCCAGAUGUAGUCCUGGAGCUUUACGACAGCGACAAAGUGGGUAAAGAUGAGCCCAUGGGUCGCUGUAUUUGCCCCCCAGUAGUCAAACUGAACCCCAGUGUGGCUUCUGGCAAUAAACUACAGUGGUACCCUGUUACCAAGAAGGGCCGCUGUGCUGGAGAAGUGCUGCUGGCGGCCGAGCUUCUAUUGAAGGACAAGGCGACUGAGGGAGAUCUUCCUCUGGCUCCUCCUCGCCGAGGGGAGAAGCUCUACAUGGUUCCUCAAGGAAUCAGGCCUGUUGUGCAGCUUACUGCCAUUGAGGUCUUGACUUGGGGCUUGAGGAACAUGAAGAGCUACCAGCUGGCCACAAUUGCUUCUCCUAACUUGAGCGUGGAAUGCGGCGGUGAGAUCGUUCAAACGGCCAUCAUCAAGAAUUUCAAGAAGAACCCCAACUUUCCUGGAUCUGUGCUGCUACUCAAAGUGCUUCUCCCCAAAGAAGAGAUGUACACUCCCCCCAUUGUCCUGAAGGUCAUCGACCACAGACCCUUCGGGAGGAAGCCGGUGGUGGGCCAGUGCACCAUCGGCUGCUUGGAGGACUUCCGCUGUGACCCCUAUCGAGUCAACAGUCAAAUCUGCAUGUCUGCCAGAGUGGCAAUGAUAGCAGCUGCUCAGGGAGAUGUUGUCAUAGACAUCGAGGACAGGUCGACUGCCAAAGCUGAGGUUCAAGCUGACAAGGAAGAGGAAGCAGUCGACUGGUGGAGUAAGUUCUACGCCUCGAUUGGACAGCAGGAGAAAUGCGGGCCUUACCUGAAGAAAGGAUAUGACACAUUACAGGUGUAUGACCACGAACUGGAGCAAGUGGAACAGUUCCAGGGACUCACCGAUUUUUGCUGCACUUUCAAACUCCAGCGAGGAAAGACAGAAGGAGAGGAAGACGACCCCUCUGUUGUGGGAGAGUUUAAGGGCUCGUUCAAGAUCUACCCGCUGCCCGAUGACCCUGGCGUGACAGCGCCCCCACGACAAUUCCGAGAGCUUCCCGAAAGCGGACCUCAGGAGUGUCUGGUUAGAAUCUAUGUCGUGCGCUGUACUGACCUGCAGCCCAAGGACACAAAUGGCAUGUGUGAUCCAUAUGUCAAAAUAUCACUGGGGAGGAAGACUGUGGAUGACAGGGAUAACUACCAACCCAACACUCUAAAUCCAGAAAUUGGAAGGAUGUUCGAGCUGUCUUGCUUCUUGCCACAAGACAAAGAUCUGAAGAUCGCAGUGUACGAUUACGACUUACUGAGCCGAGACGAAAAAGUGGGCGAGACCGUCAUUGAUUUGGAGAACCGACUGCUGUCCCGUUUCAGGUCCUGCUGUGGCCUGCCGCAGACUUACUGUGUCUCUGGGAUUAAUCGAUGGCGAGACCAGCUGAAACCUUCUCAGAUUCUCCAAAAUGUGGCCAAGGCUAGGGGUGUUCCUCCCCCACGCUUUGAGGGCGAUGGAAACACUCUGUUCUUUUCAGGAAAACAAUACAGCCUGCAGGAUUUUGAGGCAACCACUCCCACCCACCCCCACCUUGGUCCGGCCAGCGAGAGACUGCCACUGCAUGUCCUCAGAGACCAGGGCUUGGUACCUGAGCAUGUAGAGACCCGGACCCUGUGCAGCUCUCACCAACCCAACUUGUCACAGGGACGGAUUCAAAUGUGGGUGGACGUCUUUCCCAAGAGCCUCGGUCUGCCGGGGCCUCCGUGUGACAUCACGCCACGGAAAGCCAAGAAGUAUUACUUGCGUGCCAUUGUUUGGAACACAACUGAUGUCACGCUGGACGAAACAAGCAUCACAGGGGAAAGCAUGAGCGAUAUCUACGUGAAAGGAUGGAUGCCAGGAAUGGAGGAGGACAAACAGAAGACAGACGUUCACUACAGAUCCCUGGACGGCGAUGGAAAUUUCAACUGGAGGUUUGUCUUUGCGUUCGACUACCUGCCAGCGGAGCAGCUCUGCGUCGUCUCGAGGAAAGAACACUUCUGGAAUCUGGACAAGACUGAGUUUAGGAUCCCUCCCAAGUUGAUUGUCCAGAUAUGGGACAAUGACAAAUUCUCCUUGGAUGAUUACUUGGGCUCAAUCGAGCUGGACCUACUCAAUCUAAUCGCCCCUGCGAAAACCCCCGAAAAGUGCAGCUUGAAAAUGUUGCCCGGAACGACCAGCUCCGACUCCUCCAAGAAGUCCGUCUUCAACUCCCUUUUCACCCAAAAGUCAGUUCGAGGCUGGUGGCCGUGCGCCAUCGAGCAGGAUGGGAAAAAAGUCCUCGGUGGGAAAGUAGAGAUGACGCUGGAAAUAGUGGAGGAGAAGGAGAUGGAGGAGCGACCCGCCGGGAAAGGCAGAGAAGAACCCAACAUGAACCCUAAACUGGAGCCACCCAACCGUCCCGACACAUCGUUCUUCUGGUUUACGAGCCCUUGCAAGACCUUGAAGUUCAUCAUAUGGCGGAGAUUCAGAUUGCUUUUUAUCAUCGGGAUCCUACUGCUGCUAGUGUUACUGUUCUUCGGGAUCCUUUUAUACUCGCUCCCUAACUAUAUCUCCAUGAAGAUUGUGAAGCCCUUCUCCAAGUGACACCAAAAACAACCUGUCCACCAUUUUGCUGAAGAAUCAUCAAAAUAAUUGUCCUUCAAGCAACAUCCAAUGACUUGAUGAAACACAUCACAGCUGUUUGUAUCAUUUGCACUAUCAUUGACCGUUUGUUGUCAAUUUCAAAGUGUGUUUUUUUUUUUUUUUUUUUAACUAAAAUGUAUAGAGAGUUGAUCUUGUAAAUUGGGUCCCAAAGUUAUGUGAUGUCUAUGGAAUGUGCUCUGCCAAUCAUUUCAAUGACCUGCUGUUUAACGUGUUUAUAAGUGUCUUAUUAAUUUUGGUUGUCCUUUCUACAUAUUGUAUACAUUAGUUGUAAAAUGUAUUUCUAUGGUGUCAGGAUCAGUCAAUUAACUUGAAAGUUACUGGAUACAUUACGUCGACGUCAUCAGAUUGAGUCCCUGCAUUGAUUUGCGGUUUCUCAUCCCUUUCAGAUUUUACGACCAAAAAAAAAAACUCAUUUGCGGGUCGGUCGCUAUGAUACCACCGUCUGACUCCGCCUUUUCCCCCUAAAUAAACCUGCUUUGAUUGGA